AUGCGUUUACUUACUUGGAAUGUGAAUGGCUUGAGAUCUCUCAUUCAAUAUCACCCUUGGUGUGAGCACAAAAAUUAUCAGACCCUUUUAGAAACUCUCGAUGCGGAUAUAAUAUGCUUCCAAGAAAUAAAAUUAACUUUGGACCGUUUGGAUUCAUCAAUAGCAAUUAUUCAUGGAUAUGACGCGUAUUUUUCCUUUGCUAAAGGAAAACCUGCAUAUUCUGGGGUAGCCACUUAUGUAAAAACCAAUUUAAUUACACCCGUAUCUGCUGAAGAAGGCAUUACGGGCGUUCUUAAUCAGUCGCCCGCAGAUGUGAAGUCACCGUUUGACAAUCAUCAGUCUUUAUCUGACACCAGAAUAUGUUCUGAAAUAAGCGAUCUUACUACCAAUGAACUCUUAGACCUUGACUCUGAAGGUCGAUGUGUUAUUUUGGACUUUAAAAUGUUCAUUUUGUUUAAUUUGUACUGUCCUCAUGAAUCUAGUUCCGAACGUCUUCCUUUCAAAAUGAAUUUUUAUAAAGUUCUGCAAGCUCGUGUAGAAGCUUUACUACGAGUCGGUAGACAAGUAAUUGUAUUAGGCGAUAUGAAUGUAACGCACAAAGAGAUUGAUCAUUGCGAUCCGCAGCGAUCAAUUAGAGAACAUGAAUUAGAAUCAUUCGAUGACCAUCCCGCUAGAAAAUGGUUUGAUGGAUUUGUUGCACCGAAUGGCCCCAUGGUAGAUUUGUUUCGGAAGUUUCACCCCGAUGAGGAGGGAAUGUACACAUUGAAAUGGUUCAAAUCUUGUUCUGUUGAGCAAAAAAUUAUGGGAUCAGAUCACUGUCCUGUCGUUGGAGAAUUAUAUGAUGAAAUUGAAGAGGAUGGUCAUAAAUAUAUUCUUAGAAACGAAAUCAAUUUAUCGACAAAUAUAAAUAACGAAAAGUCUGAGACGCCACGACUUUGUGCUAAAUAUUUGCCAAAAUUUAACGGAAGUCAACGAACACUAAAAAGCUUUUUUAGCAAAACGAGCACGAAAAACGAUAAUUCCCAAUCAAGAAGUGGAUCCGAGGUUAUAAAGACACCAUGUGAUAAUUUACCGAAAUCAAAAAAUGCUGACUUUAAUAUCGUCAAAGUUGGAAAACAAAUUUCCAAAUCUUCAAAGAAGAAAUCAAUGACGUCUAAGUCUAUAAAAUUUAGAGGGCAUAAACAAAGGCAAAAGUCUGUGAUACCGUCAAAUCAGCCAUCUCUAACAUCUUACUUUAAACAAUCUACGCAAACUGAGUUAUCAUCUAUCAUACGCACCGAAGAGGGAUGCAAUUCAGAAAGUCUCGAAAGUUCUAGCAACGCAGAUUAA